UUUCGUUUGCUUCUCUGUUUCUGUGUAUUCGUAUUGUUCUGUCGCUGAAAAUGGCGGCUUUAAAAGUCUUAAGUAGAAAUGUUCCAUAUAUUAGGCAACAAUUUCUUGCACUUCUAGGAAAUACAAGUGUUUUUGUGAAGUUCAUAUGUAUUGUUGUUAUUUUCACAUACAUUCUAUCAUUUUCGGAUGAAGCAAUCCGAGUGAUCAGUGUCACUCCAGGUUACCUGCUGCCUCCAGUGUUUUGGAUAUGGACAGCCUUUACUUACUGUUUUUUGGAAAUUCAUUUUUGGGAAGUCUGUGUUGAUAUCAUCACCGUUGGACUUUGUGGUAAAUUGAUUGAGCCUUUGUGGGGUGCAUUUGAAAUGGUGACUUUCUUUGCUAUUGUGAAUGUUGGUGUAGCAUUGCUAAGCUCAAUCUUCUACUUAUUUUUGUAUAUGUGUACUUUCAACACCGAUUUGUUAUUUACCACACAUAUUCACGGGCUCUCUGGUUACAUCGCUGGCAUAUCAGUAGCAGUAAAACAGAUAAUGCCUGAUCAUUUGAUUGUGAAGACACCACUUGGUAAAAUAACAAAUAGAAAUGUUCCGAUGUUAAUUCUUUUUAUUUACAUUUUAUUGUGGCUUGUUGGGUUUUGUGAAAGGACCAAUCCAACAAUGUUUGCCUCUGGACUGCUUGUAAGUUGGACUUACUUAAGAUUUUACCAGUACCACACUAAUGGCUCCAGAGGUGACAUGGCAGAUAAUUUUACAUUUGCAAGCUUCUUCCCGAAUGUUCUACAACCACCAAUAAGUGUGGUUAGCAACACAAUCUAUGUAGGACUGGUACGCAUUGGACUGUGCCGUAAAACUGUUAGGAAGUUUGAUCUAGCGGCUGCUCCUACAGGUGUAACUGUAACUCUGCCCGGAAACGACCCCCAAGACAUGGAGAGAAGGAGGCAAAUAGCUUUAAAAGCACUGAGUGAACGUCUUAGUAAAGUGGAACAUCCCCAAGUAAAGUCACCCAGAAACAAAGGUGAUGCAGCAAUCUCGAUACCGGUGGUUCCAUUACCGACGACACCACUAAUUCCUCCUGUGCCAGUCACAACCAUCAACAUGGACCCAGUGACUCCGACCUCGCCCACAACAUGAUCUGACUUGUCACAGUGAAACGUGGAUAAUGAGUAAUACCGUCGGCACCAGUUGUCGUGAAGUGAGGGAAACUUAGUCAUCUCAAGUUUGCUAAGCCGUGUAAAUUCUGUACAUGACUGCAUUUUUAUCUGACCAUUUGUUAUUUAUUAGGAAAUACUGUUGAAUGUUCAAGAAAUGGUAUUAAGUUUCUCUACGUAAGAACAUACUGGUUUAUUUAGACUACUGUUAUUUAUUUUUAUAACUGAAUCAGAUGUCUAUGUGGAAUCCGAAAUUGCUGUAGUAAAGUAGUAGGCUACACUGUGUACACAAGUAUUCUAAAUGUAAAUACUAUCUAUUUAAUAAUGAUCCGAUACAAGUUUCACUAAGCAUCAGGGAAAGUAGAUAUGCUGUGUGAUAAGCACUUUAUUUAAAUACUAGUCUGAAACAAUUUAAAUUGAAUUCACAAAUUAUUUUUAUGCUUUCAUUUCAAACCAUAAUUGGAGUAAGUUGUAUACUUUCUCACUAAAAUAUUAGAUUUCAUUAAAAUGACAAAAAAAGUCACAAACGGAGUAUUACAAGGAGUAAAAUUAAAUCUCUUCCGUAGAUUUAUUGUAAUUACAACCCAAAAAUUUAAAAUAACAAAAUAUACACACUUUACAUGCACCGUAUGUUAUGCAAAGUAUUCACCAUUGUAUUCUUUAAAAAGUGUAUAAAAUAGAAGUACUGUAUUUAAAUUUGUUGAAACUUCAUUUUUUUUGGUAAUUGCCAACAUAGAUCUCAGGUUGAUAUCAAUGUGUACUACAAAACACAGUCAUUUUAUAUAAUUUUAAAUAAAUUUCAUAUAAUUUAACAAUCAAACAAAUUUUCUUACUGCUAAGAAAACAAAUACUUCAAUAUAGGCAAACCAAAAUGAAAUUGACGUCCUUCAUUUAUUUGAAAGAUUUCACAUUCAAUGUCAAGUUUUUCUGGGUGUCUCCAAAGUCCACAGACUUGUGUCAGUUACACAGAAAUUAGAAAUUGCUGUAACGCUUAUGAUGGUGUUUGUUGCAAUGGUUUUAAAAUUACAUAAAAACAAUAGAUCUCCUGCACUUAUUACAUUUAUUAUUAAUUCAAAAGAAAUCCAUAAAGAUAACAUGUGAUAAAAGACAAUAAAUUGUACAGAUUUUAUCUUAAGACUUCAAAUUAAAUUGUAUUUUCAUUUUCAUUCCCAACCCAUUAAAAAUUAUUGAUGUACAAUUACUAAACAGUAAAAGAGGGGGAGACUUUAAUAAGCGGCCUACACUCGUUAUUCGAUUAUUGCUAUUAUCGAACAUUUCGAUAUAUGUAAAAAUCGUAGACAAUAAGAGUUAUAAUAAAUUACUGUAACAAGAAUAAUCCCGUAUAUUUAAAUACACAGAUUUUACAAUAUCAAUACAAAAUAAAAAAAACCAACUUAGAUAGCAAUAAGUAACCGCUUUUGUGAAAUGGAGGAAAGAAUUCUCCCCAUGUUUUACCAGGAACCAAACCCAUAUGUUAAGCUACUUAAACAAAUCUUGUCACUUGUAAGAAAUAUCUUACACAUUAAGUUAGAAAAAUUGUAAUAUCGAAUUAUCCUUUGGAUAAAAGCAAUCGAUCCAUUCGAUAAUAGCAAUCGAAUAACGAGUGUAGGCUGCUUAUUAAAGUCUACCCUAAAAGAGUACAAUGAGCACUGGAAAUUUUAUAUUACAGCUUAAAAAUCUCAAAUCACAUAGCAUUUGAAAAAUUAUUAAAUUUUUUUUAGUAAUAUGAUUGUGAAAAACUACUAAGAUAUUAAAUAUUAUUGCUGGAGUAAGAAUAAAAAUGUCUGUUUUAUAUAAUGGUAGUACUUAAAGCAUAGGAAUGAUCGUGUUUUGUUUUUAAAACUAAAUCAUGAUUCUUUUAUAAUGUACUCUUAUAAAUAAUAAUAAUACUUUAUAAUAAUAUAAAGAUUCUAUAUCAAGAAAUUAAAUUUAUCCAAAGCUGUUAUAUUUUUUAUAAAUGUAGAUUUCUAACAUGCUUUAUUGAUGGUGGAUGACAGACAAGCCUGCUUUCUAUUAAUUUGGUGAUGCUUUCUAAUUAGACUCUUUAGAUUACCUGUCACAGACAACUUUUACCGAACUUACUGUACCAAAUUAGCAAUGUUUGCAAGCUCUACACGAAGUUGUAAAUAUUGAUAUUCUCACUACAGCACUGUUAUUAUUGCUAUUAUGUUAUUUAUUAUAAAUGAUAAGAUUAUCAUCUUCUUGCAAUUUCUCUGUUACAUACCAUUUUUAGGAGAAUUCUGUUUAUUGGCUUUUAUUUCUAUCUCAUUUGAUGAAUAGCUAUAUGUAGAUUCUGAAUGUAUUCAUUUAUAUUUAUGGUAUACACAUGUUUCGCUUUUUAUAGUAUAGUUCAGGACCACUGUAGGGCAGUUAAACACCCCUAAUAAUUGAUCAGCAGGUCUAUUUUGAGCUUGGAAUGUAAAAAUCAGGAUCCAUUUGUAUCUUUAAGGGUGCUAAUUUUACUACUUUGACUGGAAAUUUGUUCAUAUAUGGAUGUUUUGUAAUUUUCACAAUAUCUCUUAAACUGAAUUGAUUAAUAAAAGUUGUUAGGAUAAAAUUAUAUCUUACAGAAGGUACGGUAAAGUCGGAGUCCAUUAAUUUUUCAUAAUGUAAUUCAUUAAUUUUUCAUAAUGUAAUUCGUUAAUUUAAUUAUACAAAGUUACAGUAACAUUAAUUAAUUUCAAUCUGAAGGUUUUAUUAAAUUUAUAACAUUCAGUGUAACCAUAAAUAGUUUAAAAAAUUUGAAAAUCAAGUACCAAUUAUUGUGUUUUGGCAAUAUUGUAAUUUGUAUUAUUAUGUUAUUCUUUAUAAUACUUUAAAACAGUAUAUUGGAUCAAUACUGACUGGAGUGCACUUUCAUGUUUUACUAAGUUCUAGUUAUAGUGAAAAUAGAUUUCUUAUGUAUUUGCACACAGCUAUUUAGUUUUGUGGGUGUUUUACUAUGCAAGAAUUUAUGUGAGUGUAAAUAAUGUAUUUCUGGCACACAGUGGAUAAUGUGAAUAAGAAUAUUGUCAAAGGAUGGCUGUGAAAAGGUGGGAGUUUGAUUAUGUAUGGAUUGUUCUGAAUUUGUAAUAAUUAGGGAAGGUGCUAUGAAACAACAGCUUGGCAUUGGCAAAGUUACAUUUUUAUUUGUGAACAUAAUAUAAUUUAAGUUUUAAUUUGUGAACAAAGUGUUGUCUGUAAUUUAAUACAAGGUACUUUUAGUUUUAAUGGAUUUAGUCAACAGGAAACAAAUUCAUAGAAAAGUAUGACUACAUUAUAGUUAUUUCUUCGUUUUGGUAUUUGAUUACAUAGGACUUAACAGCUUGUUUGAAAAGGAAAUGUAGAAUAAAGGACACUUGAUUAUUUGAAAUAUUUCUACACUCUAAACUUGUUUUAGCAUUACUACUCUUUUUUAUGUUUGAAUUUAUUUCUUUGUCCAAGUCCUUGAGUUUAACAUUAGGGUAGGCUUCACUCUGGAGGAAUCAAAAUAAAUUUCAUCAGAAAAUUCUGAUAUUCUGUAAACUGGAGUUAUGACAAGUUUGGUAGUUUUUGACAGGGUUGAAUUAUAUGUUUGACCACACAAAAUUUCCCAGAGCACUAUUUCAAAGAGGUAAAUUUCCCCAGUACAAGUAUUUUUCAAUACUAUUGUGUGUUUUAUAUAAUUUAACUUAUAAAUAGAAAUAGGUGUGAUAAAUGUUUAUUUUUCAAUAAAUAAGUCUAGCAGACAUAACUACACUAACAAAAUAUGAAUAAACGUCAAAAUAAUUUUUUUAAUGGGCAUUAGUCAAUUUAAAUUAAAAGCCAUCUAAGAAGUAAUAAAGUUGUGUAUUUGUAUACUUAAAAAAUUCUCUCUUGAAAAUGUUUUAUUAUGACUCUUAUCAUUCAUAUAAAAACAUUAACUGUAUACAAAUUUAUUUAAGGUAAUUUGCAUUUAGAAUGUAAUACAAAUUAAAGAAUUAUUGAUCCAUUAAUAAAAUUAAAGAUGCUCAACCAUUCAGAAUCCUUGUAGAUAUUGUCAAUUACUUUUGAUGUUUUAAAUAUCUUUAAAUGAUUGAUGAAAUUUGGUAAAGUGGUAUUUCCUGCUCAAUAGACGUGUCUGCCCAAUUGAAUGAAUCUUUCAGUACUUUUGAUGCUUUCUGUAUUGGAGAAUCAUUCCAUGCAAUAAAAACUUAAUAAAAAAGAUUUUUCGAUUUCAGAGUUUUAUUUUGAAUAUGGUUUCCAACUACAGGUUCAAUAGACUCACAUACACAUUAGCUGCAAAUGUUGAAACAGUUUUCUUUCAAGUAAAUACAUUGUUUCUGAAAUACUAUUCUCCAGAUAUAUCUGAAAUGACUUAAAUUUAUCAUUAGCAAUAUUCAUGUGAUCGGAUAUGUUCUGUCUUUCUGAUUCUCUCCAUACUCUAUUCUCUAUUCUGAUUUUCUCCAUACCAUACAAGUAAAUGUUCAAGGUGUUUUAGGGGAUACUUUAUUUAACCUUGACUUUUGGGUAUAGUAAUAACUACAUUUGGGUUUGACUGAUCUGUUGUAGCAACGUGGUGUGAACAAAAGGGCAAAAGCUUUUGUAAAAACAUUUUUUCUGUAUUUGUAUCAACAGAGUUAAAAUUAGAUUUAAUGUUCAAGGUUUUUAAUGUUUUCAUACAAUCUCACGAAACAAGCAAUUCUUGUAGCUUACAUAGUUCUUUUAUUAUUACAAAACUUACUAUUAAUAAAUCAAUUAAAGUUUUAAAACUAAUUUUGAAUUCAAAGAGGUCCUCAAUACUGAUAUCAAUGUAACUUUAUACACUGUUUCAUAUAUUAAGCAGAACAAUAAUAUUUCAGUGCUAAUUUUGUUUAUUUUUAUGUGAUUUGUUAAAUGGAUGUAAUAAAAAACUAUGUUAUUAUUUGUAAAUUACAGUAGUCUAGCUUAUCUUUUUCCAUUAUGUGCAUUCAAAUAUACUUAUGAUAUUUUUCUACAAUUUAGCUUUAUGACAUGAGACAUUUAAGAACACUGAAAAUGUUAUAUCUAAUAGAAUUAUUGAAUUGUAUUGUAAUAUAAAUUACUAAGUCAUGGUAAAUUAGUCACAGUCUAUAAGUGGAGUUCACAUUCCCGUGUUCGUGGUGAAUGAUGUAAAGUUUAUGUAUAUAUAAUUUUAUUUAACAGUGUACAUAUAUAUUUGUUUAAAUUUUGAUUAAAUGCCUUAAUGUACAUUUGUCAAUUCAAAGAAAAAUAGUUGUAUUUGUCUAAUGCUGUUUGUUAUUUUUAUUACAUAGUUACCCUAAAGAUUAUUA